GCAUUCCUUAUUAUUCACAAUUUGUACAGUCUCCCAACUUUUUUGGAAUGGGGUUUGUAUCUUGUGUGCAUCUCCACUUUGCUGCCGCAAUCCGGUAAAUUUCCCCACUCCGGGACUAAUAAAGUAAUAUCUUAACAGAACUAUUCUGAUUGUUAUACCAUUGGGAUCAUCAUUUUCUGCCAUAUGUCUAUGGGUGCUGCACUGUAGGAUUUUAGUAGACCACUGAAUUGCCUGUUAAUCUUUGCAUGCAGGUUUUUGGCCGUAAUAAACUAUGUUCCAUCCACAGAACGUAAAUACGCACGUAUGCACAGUUGCAGACACGGAUGCUUUCUCUAACUGAUGAAGCAAAAUGGUUUUCAUACAUUUUUCAUGGACCCUUUUAAUUGUCAAUUCAGAGGUUGAACGUAAAAAAAACAAACUUCACCAAAUGAAAUUACAACAAUGCCACAGGAAUUUCACACUUUGGAUCAACCUUUGAACUUGGACGGCGCCCCGUCCGACCUGACUUGCGUGCGUGCACGUUCAGGAUUCAAAUACCCGUGCGCGUGGCCGACAGCACGAACGCCUGUCACGAGCAGCAAGUAGUUUGAUUUUCUUGUUGGCGGAUUUUCAAUAGCAGACAUGGAUAAAAUACCAGCAUUGGCCACUGACCUUUCCAAUAGGUUUGAUCGACCAAAGCCCCUGAAACCCCUGUCCAUAUAUUCCAGGAUGGUCAUGUGUAAGCAGGAGGCCAGUCUGAGACAGAGAAAGUUGUCAGAUCCUUUUAUAAAUUAUACAGUUGAAGUGGUAAACAAAAAAAGAAAAUCACAGAAUUUGAGUUUUGAUGAUGGCUAUGAGACGCCAGUGAAAAACCUCUGUAGUCCAAAGGACUUGUCCCCGGACCUUGGGUGUUUCAUGGACUACAACAGCCCUCCUGCAACAGGUGACUCUGUGUCACCUUUAGCCGUCUCCUUGGCUGCUUCGUUAAAUGUGCCACAAACUAUUAAGAUUGAGAUUAAAGAACGUGCAUGUUCCCAGCUACCCUCGCCGCCUUUGGAGUGUGGGUCCUCCACAGGGCGAGGGCUUGAUGGGGGAUCUGUACCACACAGUUUGAGUGUGCCGGUGAUGGAGGCUCAAAACCUUCAUGUGGAGACUUUGGAAGGUGAUGCUGAGGAGUCAUGGAAUAUUGGUCGCCCCCUAUUCGAGUCGUCCAUCCAAGCGAUGCUGGGUGGAGAGGAAGACACUUUAGACACAAGUUACGAGACUACGUUACCCCUCCAAGUUAAGGUGAAAUCAGUGGUCGUGGCUCCCGGUCAGCAGACCUCCAGCAGUAAAACAGCAGCCCCUCCUCUGCAAGAGCGGAGCGCUCAGCCCGACGAGCCCGGCCCACGUGAGAGCAGAUGCUUCCAGACUGCCCGGUCCGACGGCGCCGCUGGGAGCAAAAGGCCAGCGAUCUUUGACCGAGAGAGGGACUUGGAGCAUCAGAAGAAUCUGUAUGUCGAUUCCGUCACCAGACACAUGAAAGAGCAUCAAGGGUCAAAUAAAGUCAUGACUGAGCUGGUGAACCUGAUGAACCAUGUAGCCGACCAGAGACCAGGCACUUGUGGAAGACCGUGGCAGCAUCCCUCUGACCUCACACGCCGGAACUACCAGAGACGGUUUGGAAACGUCGUUCCAAAAAUGACCCUCCGUGAGUGGUACUCCCAGAAAAAUCCACAAAACAAGCGCUUUGCAAAGAUCCCAACAUUUUUUCAGAGGAGCCCGUUUCCCUAAAUAGGGAGUGGACUGUCUUGAAAACCGAUGGCACUAAAGAUCAUUAAAACAUAUCUAAUUUGUGUAGCAGCUACCUCCUGUCAGUGUUUGCUCUCUCCUCCUUUCUUUGGUUGAAUCUGCUUUGUGGGUCUUUUGUUUGUCACUUUCUUGUUUGAACUAUGCUGUCAUGUGUAAGCAAAUUAAUGCAUGUUUUUGAUGUUUUUGCGAUUAUGCCUGGGGAAAAAGCAAGGGUUUAAAAGCAUGUUGAAUGCCUUGCAUUUUUACUCAAUUUGAAAAUAUGCAUGUUUUAAUAUGUAUUUAAAAGUGUUUUGUAAUACUGUUUGAAAUGUUCGCUGCUUUUUUUUUUUUGCUAGUUCAAAUGUAUUCCAUCCAUGUUUCCAGUCUGUUUUGAUUAGAACCGUCCAUGUGUGCACGGUCAGGUUUAUUAUUUGUUCUUAUUGUGCCCCCCACAUUAGCACAGUGUUGAUUGAAAGUGAUUCUUUAAAAAGAAGGUAAAUUCACCUUUUAACUAACCUAACUAAUUUGAUAGUCCACAAACCUCUGAACACUUAGUAACUUGUAUAAUGUUUUAAUAAACUGUUGAGGUCAGUGAUUUACAACAAACCAGAAACCCCUUGAGCUCUUUUAAAACUGCACUUCUGAGAGCCACAGAAACUAUUCCCUCCUCUUUGUGAGGUCGGUAGACGUUUCCGAUCGUUUGAAAACCUGAGCAAGAAGCUUAACGUGACCUAAUGCUGUCAAAUGUUUGUAGUUGUUGAUGUGAAUUAAUUUUGUCUGCACUGAAGUUGAAACCUGAAAAUAUAAUUCUAAAAAAAAA